CGUCAUGCCAGUUCCCCAUCAUGGUGGCCGUUUUUCAUAACAUUGGCUGACGUUUCUGUUGAUUGAGCAGAUUUCACACGCUGUGAGUUGGACAGAAAUGCAGUUUUGGUUUUGAAAGUAAAUUUUGGAGAAUGCCGAAGUAUUACGAGGACAAGGAGGAGGACAACAGAGCAUGCGCGGGCGUGCGGGAGGACUUUAAGGCUUGUCUGCUGCAGCACGACUGCGUGGUGAAGGAAGGAAAGAUGCCCAGCCAGUGCCUGAAGGAAGGACACUGUAGAGCCCUGCAGACGUCCUUCUUCGAGUGCAAGAGGUCAAUGCUGGACACGAGGUCGAGGUUCAGAGGGAGGAAAGGAUACUGAGGCGCCGGCUCGAUGCCGCUGCCGCCACACGGAUGAGCAGAGGCCGGAUAGACGGCUGUGAUCAGAGAAGCAGCCGCUUGUGUGACGACGUGUGUUGCAGAUAAAACCAGUCUGAAGGACAGAAACGAGGAGACUAGUGCACGCUAAAGACGUGUGAUGGGAUCAUGCAGCCGUCAGUGCUGGAUGGGGAGCAUCUUAUUCCCUGACUUGUAUAAACGAGAAAUGUUAUUCCAGAUGUGUGAAAUAUGUGAUGAAAAUGCAAAUGAGUAAAAAUAAAUGAUGAAAAAAAGUUAUAUUU